UCGUGUAGUGCGGUCAUGUGGUGCGGAGCCAUCGUGUGCUCCUCUCCCAUCGUCAUCGCCCUCUGAGUGGUCUGCUCUCGAACUGAACUGAACCCAAGCAGGAUUCUAGCCAGGGGGAUUCUCCAGCAAGGAUUCUCUCGUCCCGUCCCUCCCAGCAGUAGACAGACAGACAGUCAGUCAGUCCCGCCACACACGCAUACACUAACACUAACACUAACACACACACACACACAACCACGGUACACCCCGCUCCCCGCUCGCUCGCUCGUUGUUGUUGUUUCGAUUUCCACACAUUGCAACAUUUUUUAACAAAAAAAAACACGGAGAGUGCUCAAGUGCCAAAAAGAAUUGAAUAAAAUAAUUAAAAUCGAAAUUAAAAAUUUUAUACCAAAAUCGAAACGGACCCAGCGAAGCUGAGAAAUAUUUCAAAAUCACAGUAUAUAGUAUUGUAGUUUAAAAAAUAAAUCAUUAAAAAUAGUCACCGUCGAUGAAUUGCUUUUUUUGAGAUAUUUUGUUUGUGUGCGGUUUGAACACGAGUGCGAACAGAAAUAUAAUAAUAUUAUAAUAAUAAUAAUAAUCAGCAGAAAACCAGGAGCAACAACAACAACAACAAAAACAACUAAAUAGUAACAACAAACAAACAAAAAAAAAGAGGAGAAGGAAGAAGCCACAACGAUGAUGAAAGGUGGCUGCAAACGCAACAACAUCAACAUCAACAUCAACAACAACAACAACAGCGGCAACAGCAACACCACCAGCAACUACAUAUACAAAUAAACAUGCAGAUACAGAUACGACAGCACCAGCUACAGAUACUUGUAACUAAAGUGACAUGAGGCCUUAACAACAAUAACACACACAGAUACACAAAAAAGCAACAACAACAACUGGUACAAGAAUAACAACAACAACAACAACUGGAACAAGAACAAGAACAACAACAAUCCACAACCUUAGAGCACUAAAAACAAAAUUACAAACAAUUAAAAGCAAACGAACGACAAAGGAUUCUCCAGGGGAAGUCCCACGUUCCAUGGACUACGCCCCCGUUUCAGUUGCCACGCCUCCGAGAAGAGCCCCCGUCCCUUGCAGAAAGUCAGCUACAUGCCACGAUGGCAGUUCCAGCUCCGUUUAUGGCCUCCGUUUCUAACUAAAACUGAGCAACCGUCCCAGACACGGGCAACCCAUUCUCCGCCGGACACUUGUACGGGAGCACGGGCACGGGUUGUUUUACGGUGGCAUUUAGGCCCGGGUUUUCUGGCCAACAGCACCAGCAGCAGCAACAACAACAAUCCGUCAAGCGACGAGGCCGAGGCCUUUGUCUUUGUUUCGCAUCAAAAACAGAAGCAACACCAACAGCAACACCAGCAACAGCAACUGAAAACGCCACCGAAGGCGGCAAUAAAAAGUUUGCUUUGUGCUCGGGUGUCGACAUUCUUGUCCUGCCCUUUUCUCCGCCCACGUCCUUGUGCCACGCCCACUGUAAAAACAACAAAAACGUCGCCCGUGGGCACUCAAUUAAGCCCAAUUCAAGGCAACUUGAAAGCAACUACAGCAACAAUAGAGGCCAAAGCGACAGAAACAGCAACGACAACCGGGCCAAAAUAAAAUUAAAAUAUUUAAAGUCCUGCAACAACUAGCAACUAAAAAGGAAACAAUUACGAAUAUUGCAAGGAUACAAGGAUACAGAGGCAUCCAUAAACGAUAUUGCGGAGAGCAUUACAGGAACAUUUCAACAGCGUGGCAGCAACCGCAAUAAAGAUAUUGCGCGUCGCUAAACAAACACGAAUAUUUUUAGCUCAACCAUAGCCGCAACAUCAAAAAAAAAGCGCAGAUACUGCAAGUGCAGCAGAAGCACUAGCAGAAGCAGGAGCAGGACUAGGAGCAGGAGAAGCCAGGCCCCCUGGGCGACAAUCGCAGCCAUUACAAUAUAAAAAUCAACAGAGCAGCAAUAUUGCAGGUAGGCGUCGGAUAGCAGCGACAGCAACACCUACACUCGAGCGCCAAAAUAGCAUCAGCAACCGAAAAAAAAAGGAGGAGCAAAGGCCACGCCCACGGCUAAGGGGCGAACACUUAACAUAGGCGUGGGCGGCAGGAGGACUGGUUGAAAAGUGGGCGUGGAAGUGGCAGCAUCAGCAUCAGCAUCAGAAUCAGCAGUGGCAGUAGAAGCAACUAAAGUGGAGUGGAUGCCACAAUGAAACUGAGCGUGAGCGCGUACCGGGCGCAUGCAUCCGCACACAAGAAGAUCCUGUCCAGCGGCUAUCACUCCCAGCUCAACUACGGCAGCACAGGGGCGGCGGCGGCCUCCUCCUCGUCCUCGGGGACCACGGCAACGGGCCUAUAUACGAUGGAAACGCACGAGCAUGAGCAUGGAGCCGGCAAAUUUGUCAAGGAUGUGGCCCGCCAGGUGCACGACUGCAACAGCGACACGGACGUCAUCAGUCCCACGGGCACGAGCAGCUCCGGCGGUGGAGGUGGCGGCGGAGGUCCUUCGGGAGGUGCCCCAGGCGGCGGUGCGGACGGAGGAGGCGGUGGCGCCGGCGACGGCUACCACAAGCGGCACCACAAGAGCAGCGCCAUGGUCCACGACGACGACAACAACAGCGCGGCCCACUCCUCGGACAGCAAAAGUCCCAGCCAGCGGAAAUCGCGUAUCGGAGAUGGAGCUUCAGAUCCAGAUUCCGAUUGGACACGAUCGAACCAACGCUGGAUGAAACUCCGCACCACCGUGCAGAUCUCAUCGGCGAUUCAGAAGAAACCACCGCUCAAGCGCGAGGACUCCUUCCUGAAGCGUUUCUCGACUAGACAGAUACCCGAAACACAGGAAACUGUUGAAGACACGGGUUCAGAAAGUGCCUCUGGUGACGUCGACAAAAGUGUUAAACGUAGGCGACGCUAUUUACAAAAACGACGAUCCGUUGUUAAUCCAGAUGAAAAUUUUUACUUCUAUUGGUUAAUGAUGUUAACUGUAUGUGUUCUAUAUAAUCUAUGGACCCUAAUUGUGAGGCAGAGCUUUCCAGAACUGCAGCAAGCUGUACCCACAUUCUGGCUCAUCUGCGAUUCAAUGACAGAUGUUGUAUUUAUCUUAGAUAUAAUAGUUCAAUUACGCACAGGCUACUUGGAGCAGGGCCUAAUGGUAUAUGACGACAAAAAACUGGCCUGCCACUAUGUCCAUUCGCGGGACUUUAUUUUCGAUAUGAUUGCGUUAAUACCAUUGGAUUUGCUCCAAUUAAAAAUGGGCACACAUCCGCUUUUACGUUUUACGCGCUUUUUUAAAGUUUAUCGAUCUGUGAGAUUUUAUUACAUCGUAGAGAGUAGGACAGUUUGGCCAAAUUUAUGGCGCGUUGUUAACCUAAUUCAUAUCCUGUUAAUACUGGCACACUGGUUCGGUUGUUUCUAUUUUUUACUAUCCGAGGCGGAGGGCUUCCAGGGCGACUGGGUGUAUCCGUAUCGACCCGGGGACUAUGCUACGCUCACCCGGAAGUACCUGGGCAGCCUGUACUGGUCGACCUUGACCCUGACUACGAUUGGGGAUCUGCCGACGCCCGAAACGAAUGCAGAACCGAACUUCUCGGUGGACGGCCCACGAUCGAUUCCCAGGCGUGGCAUUAAGUCUCGAUUGCUUCAGUUUGGCUCUAGCUAUGGAUAUAUUUUUACGAUCGUUAGCUACUUGAUUGGCGUUUUUAUCUUCGCCACGAUUGUGGGCCAAGUGGGAAAUGUGAUAACGAACCGGAAUGCCAACCGGCUGGAGUUUGAGCGCCUGCUCGAUGGGGCCAAGACCUACAUGCGACACCACAAGGUUCCUGGCGGUAUGAAGCGUCGCGUGCUUCGCUGGUACGACUACAGUUGGUCCCGCGGCAGGAUACAGGGGGGCGGGGACAUCAAUACAGCCCUCGGCCUGCUGCCGGACAAGCUCAAAACCGAACUGGCCCUGCACGUCAACCUGAGUGUCCUGAAGAAGGUGACCAUCUUCCAGGAGUGCCAGCCGGAGUUCCUGCACGACCUCGUCCUUAAAAUGAAGGCCUACAUCUUCACGCCGGGCGAUUCGAUUUGCCGGAAGGGCGAGGUGGCCCGGGAAAUGUUCAUCAUUGCGGACGGCAUCCUGGAGGUCCUGAGCGAGACGGGCAAGGUGCUCACCACCAUGAAGGCUGGAGAUUUUUUUGGUGAAAUUGGCAUCCUUAAUCUGGAUGGGCUGAACAAGCGCACUGCCGAUGUUCGAUCGGUGGGCUACUCGGAGCUGUUCUCGCUCUCCCGCGAGGAUGUCCUGGCCGCCAUGAAGGACUACCCGGACGCCCAGGAGAUCCUGCAGACGCUGGGCCGUAAGCGGCUGAUGGAGGUGCGGUGUGUAAACAAAAAGUACGCCAAGGCGCAGAGCGACAAGGAGGCGGCCGCCUUUGCUGCCGCCCACCCACACCACCACCAGAGCCACCACCAAGGCCACCACCAGGGCCAGGUGGUGCAUCAGAGCGACAGCAGCGAAAACAGUGCCUCCAAGAAGAUAGUGGAUAAGCUGAAGCACGAUGUCAAGGGCUUUCGCAAUGUCCUCAAGAAGUCCAGGACUUCUCGGAAGAGCGAUGAGUCCUUGGAAAUGCAGCCACUGCACAACACCUCGCCGAGAGGCAGCAAGAUCAUGCUGAAGCGCAUGUCCCGGGUGCGAUCCGACGAAAAGGACGCGGAGAGUGCCGAGGCCAAGGACGAGUUCCACGACAAGACGCCCAGUCCGAUUGGGGCAGGGCUGCCGUUGCUUCAGCGGCUGCGACUCCUAAAGGAGAAGCAGGAUCGCGAAGAGCGAGCUGUUAAGUCCACACCACCACAGAAAUCUCCACCUCACUCACAUGUAACGUGUACGUUAUCGCCGCAGGAAUCGAUACAGGAGGAGCCGGAACGCGAGUUCAGCGAAGGCUUUCCCCUGAUCCAGCGAUUGCAGCAGUUGAAAAUAAAGAACGAGCCGCAGUCCGCCGAUCCCGGCGUCGCUAUGGUCAACACGCCGCCCAAUAUCAGCAGCAAGGUAGACUCCAACUUCGGAGGAGCCUCGAGCGUCUCCGGCCUGAACGGGGGCACUGGAUUAGGAGCCAGCACCUCCGCAACUGGGCAGUCGCUGACGGUGGCCCAGAUCAAGCCCAUCAUGAAGGUGUCCUUCAAGCAAAAGAUCCAGCAGCUACAGGGAGCAGCGGGCAGCUCCCCGGGACCUAGCACAGGAGCCAUCGCCAAGAAGGAGCCGCCAAAGUCAUUGGCUUUGGUGGUCAAGGCCUCCUCGGAGGCGACGCCCCCAGCUGGCGGAGCACCAGGAGCUGGCGGGGGAUCUGGAGCAAUAACAGGAGGAUCUAGUGCGGGUGCUGGACUCAACUCUGGCAUAGCCACCAUAUCGAAGAGAGUGGGCAAGCCCGCCCACAAGAUGGCCACGCCCCUGCAGUCCGACACGGACACGGACGGGACGCCCAUCAAGCCCUGGUCCAAGCUGAAACUGGCCACCCUGAUGUCCUCCAGCUACACGAGCUUAACCAACUGUUCGCCGGACGACCUGGCCACGCCCCUGAAGAACUACUCGCUGAGUAACAUCCCCCAGCAGAUGAUGGAGGCCCAUCCAUCGAGGCCCCAAAGGCACCACAGUGCCCGAAGCAGCUCCAGGUCUCCCAGGCACCACCACCAUGCUCACGGUCACCACCAUGGUCACAGCUCCUCCAGCACCACGGGCUCUUCGGUGAGUCAGCGUGGCGGAGGCUCCAGGGAUCAGGCAGCCAAUUCACGGAGGGACUGUCUGAGACUCCAGAAGCCGGAGCAGCGACUGCCCGAUGGGGACUUGUCCGCGGACGGCCGGAGGAAGCUCUAUCAGAGUGUCUUCGAUCUGUCGCCGGAGUACUGCGGCCUGCCCUUCGUCAAGCGUCUGAAGAUCCUGAACGAACGCCAGAAACUGGCCGAGCUGGAGCGGGCGCUUCAGACGCGCAGCUUCAGCCUGGACUGCUCCAAGUCCGGAACGGACAGCAAGGUUCCCAUCACGGAGUCUCUGUACCGCUGCUACAGCGACACCUCCGGCAUAUACUCGCAGUUCCUCAGCACCUACGAGUCGACGACCAGCUCCACCUCCACAUCGAUAUCCACCAACACGGAGGACGGCAGCUCUCGGCAGCUGCCCCUCUACGUACCACUGCCCCUCAGUCCGGAGUCCAAUGAGACGGUGGAACGCCGAAAGCUGAAGAGCAUCCUCAAGAAGCUACAGCAAGAGGAGGCAGUAUCGGGAUUGCCCGCGUCCAGUACCGGAUCCAAGGUCACCCAGGCCAGCGGGCUGCCGGCGGAGCCAACCUUGGAAGGGUACGUGGCUAGGCACAGCAAGCUCUUGAAGAGUGUAACCUUCCAUUCCACUCUUUCCAGCCCGCCCGCCAGUGCCAAGGAUGCGGACACCUUCGGCGGUGCUGGGUUCGGUAACGGUAACGGUAGCGCUAACGGUAACGUGUCGGUAGCGGGUAUUAAUAGUUCGGUAUCGAUUCCGGUUCAAGUGACGGUGCCGGUAUCUGUUGCAGCUCCGAUUCCGGCUCCAAUUUCGAUAACGGGUAACGGUGAUACGGCGAAUGUCUGGUCGCCGACGUUGACGUUGGUAACGCCCACGAACUCGCCGCAGGAGCAGUUUGCGUUCCCCCCCGGCCACAGCCUGGUCACUCCCCCUCAAUACAAUCCCGGCGGGGACUCGUUGUCGGGCGUUGGCACCGCCUCAACGUCCGCCACCGCAUCCGCCUCAGCCUCAGCCUCCGCUUCCGCCUCCGCCUCGUACGUGGUCGAGUGUUCCGCGAAAUCGAACGAGUUCCAUGCCCAGUCCACCACAGAUUUGAAUUUGAAUUUGCAGCUCAGGUCGCAGAACACAACGACGACCAGUGGCGGUGGCCAGUUUCCAGGUGCUCAUCCCGAAGGCUUCCCGGAGGCGCAGGACUACUUCAACCAGAUCCUGAGCGGCAUCAACCACGUCAUUAAGACGCACAUGAACGAGAUGCACUCCAAGUUCGAGACUCAGUUCUCCAGCAUGGCCGGGGAGGUGCGACGUCGCGACGCCAUCAUCGCACAGCUGCAGCUCAAGCUGCGCUCCAUCGAGCAGCAGUCCUCCUCGGGAGGUCCUCUGGCGUCCGCCUCGUCCCUGGUUCUGCCGCUGGGACGGCGCCAGAAGAAAAUGUCCCAGCUUUCGGUGGACGAUGACGAGCCGGCCGAGGAGGAGGACAACAACAGCAGUUCCGGCUCCUCGGCGGAGCUGCUCUUCAUGCGUGGAGACUCAUUGGACACUGUUUUCACCUCCUCGCCCCCCAUCCAAGGGGGCCGACGAAGCAUUUCGCCGGGUCCGGGGCCCAGUCGCCAUCAUGCAGCCUCUGCCAAUGCUUUGAACUGCCCGAGCAGCUACUAUGGACCCGGACCCGGCUCCCUCAGUUCCCGGCAUGCCCAGAGCCACCCCAGUUUCUACACAGGCUACGGAAACGGGCGGAGGAGCCGUGACUGGAGUGCAGGAGGCGACAGCUUUGGGGUGGAACGGAGCGGAGGAGGAAGCGGAAGUGGCAGCGGGAUGAUGAUAUCGGAUGUGACCGGAAAUCUUACAAGGCUCUCGGACAGCGUGAUCCUGGACAUUGGCGAGAGUUCUAGCUCCAGUUCUGAAUCCAGCAAGCUGAACAUAGCCGAAGAGGAGGACGACGAAGAGGAGGAGGAAGACGCCGAUCGCGAUGCGGACGCGGCGGACAGAACGGAGGCACCGAGCACCACCUCGGGACGCCACAACGACUGGGAGGUGCAGAUGCUGGCCGCCGAGAUGGAGCGCCAGGAGCGAAAGCGUGGACACUCCCUUUCCGACAAUCUUGGCGAGCUGCGGCACUGUAGCACCUUCCUGCGGCGGCGGCGGAAGUUCAGCGACACGGAGACAGAGUUCAGCGAAACGGACAUGGAGGACCAGAUGGCCAGGUCGGGCAGCAUACCGAUGGAUCCGGGCAGCAUAGCAUCCGCUCUCACACCUGGAGCUGGUAGCUCUACGUCGGCGGGCCACCAGAGCGGCAGCCAGAGACCCCGGGCCUCCAGCUUGGAUCAGUUCAACCUGCGCUACGGCAUCGGGAGGGGCAUCUUUAAAGCAAUGAGCAUCGACCGUGAUAAAGACAAGCUUUGAGAACUAUAAUAGCGACCAAAAACUGUGAAACCAAGCCCAGUCCCAGUUCCAGUCCCAAUCACGACCCAAUCUCCUGCAGACCCAGACCCAGAGCCAGUCCCCGAUCCAGUCCAUGAGCAAUGAAAUUCGGCAGUAUUACAAGGUUACCAUGGUACAAGCAAGUAUAUCGAGAUAUACAACACUAAGUGAAAUGUGAGGACAUAUAGAUCUAUAUUCUAUAUAUGUUUAGCCCCAGCAGAAGCAACCCGAUCUAUAUAUACAUACAUAUAUACAUGGCAUAUAUGAAAUGAAUCCAACCCAGAUAUAUAUUCAUAUAUAUAUAUGAAGAAGUAUAAUUAAAGGCCACAACUACUACUAACAGAGAAAGCAAGAACACAGAUACAAAUAGCCAGAGAGGGCUAGCACCCCAGACAGGACUCCAUUUUAAAUUCUUUACCUUCUUCCGUUUACUUUCCCUCUUUCUUUAUACAAAAUUUGCAUUAUUGUUGGUGUGUGUGUCUGUGACAGUAUGUGUGUGUAAGAGUGUCAGAGUGUGUUUGUGCCAAAAAAAAAAUGAAAGAAAAGAUGAUUCCCACAUUAAACCGUCCUGAGAAACGUCCAUGCCAAGGAUGCGCAUGUUUGUUCAUUUUUUAUAAAUCUGUGUAAAUGAAACUGCAAGUCUAUAUAGAUUCCUACCUCUUCCUAUAUCCUUUUCAUUGUCCUGCUAUUUGUAUCCUUUUGCUUUUGUGGACACUCAAGGGCGUGGCUCUCUCUGCAGAUGUAUAUACCUCUUAUUGUUAGAGACUAUAUAUAUACAUAUAUAUUUUAAGUACGUAUAUGCAUUAUACAUAUAUAUAUGUAUACAGAAAUAUAUACAUAGUUAUAUAUACAUAUAUAUAUCUAUAUAUGAACUAGAGUAAUGAAAACCGAAAGCUUUAAUAACUUAUAUAGAGAACUAUUAAGGAAAUGUUUUAAAUACUAAUCGAUUCGGACAAAUGUUUCACGAGUUUUCCAUUUCAAACAAACACACAUGAGACACAAUCGUCUAUAUACGCAUAUAUAUAGUUCAGCACAUAUAUGUGUGUAUAUAGAGAGCCUAAAAUAUGCAUAUAGAUUAGCGAUUUACUUGUUGAAGGCCCUUAGUUUGAGCUGUUAAGCCUAUCUAAGCAUUAGUCGAAACCUAGACUAGAUCCCUGAUCCUCGAGCCCCGACCCUAAGCCUCCUAUUCAUUCGACUAAUUUCAAGCUUGCCCCCACUGUCCCAACUAAAAAGUAUAGCUAAUUAACUAAAUCUAACCCCAACUAACUAAACGAAAAACUAUCUCUAGCACCUAAGUAGCUUAGUGCUGUUCAAGAUCAAUUUCAAAGUCAAAGUCAGAGUCAGAGUUAGCUUAAAGCGCCUAAAAACGAAGUCGAAAUUUUGGUUUGUAAUUCCCUUUUUUGAAUAUCUAACUAAACUGCAAAACACUCACUAACCACUAACCACUUACCACUAACCACACGCUAAUCAGCAGAAUUAUAGACCGUAGCCGACACAGCCCUCUAGAGUUUUUGGUAGUUUCGAAUAGAGAACAUACUUACUGUCGCUCUGGCCUAGGCUUUACUGUACCCAUAGCUAGCGCACUAAGCCCUCACGAUCACACCAUGGACACCAGCUAUCCAGAUACUAUGUGUGCUGUAUGUACCCCUGUUUUCAGUGUCUAAUCUCAUAGGAUCGAUUACGCAUUUCUGCUAUAAGCUUAGCCACUGACCCAAAAAAUUUUAUUUUUGAUGAAGAAAAAUAGAAGAAUUAGACCAACCCCGACCCAGACCACUAAAAACCAAAAUUCAAUUACACACAAUGGAAAAUAUUCACAGCCAGCUAAGCAGUCCAAACAAAACAUAAUUACUAAGCACAAACUUAUGUAAUUCAAGUUAGCCGAGUGACGAAACAUAUUGAGAAACCAAGAAGCUCACUCUGUAAGUUUUUGAUUUGAAUACUUAUUGGGUUUUCGUUAAUGUUCAAUGCCGAGAAUGCAAAUGAAGACCUUUUGAAUUGAAUUACAUACGCCAGGGACCACAAAAUGUUUUUUUGUCUCUUUUUUAUAUAUAUAAACGAAAAACAAAAGAUAUGUAGACACACGAGGAGAACUUAGCAAAUAAUAAUGAAUAAAAAAUGGAACUAAUCUACCAGGAAGUAAUAAUCCAAAACCAAAACCGAAGAACUCCCCAGGCAAAUCCAAUCCAAUCUUUAGUAGAAAUUGACAAAUGAUUUUCACUCUCAGUUCAAUUGUUGUCAGCCAACGAAACUCUGUGAGUCAAUUAUGUAUAUGGAUAAUUUUAAAAUGGAUUGUUUUUAGGUGGAAAAUAUAUGACAAAACAAAGAACAAGGGAGACCAGACCGAAUCCAAGACCCCUAACCGAUUACAACCUAUAUUAUAAUGUAUUGUACUAUAUUAUGAUGCCAUAGAUUGCAUUCAAUACCGCGAAUUGUUGUCGUUGUUGAUUUGAACUUUGAAUUUUGAAUUUACAUCUUUUGAUUGCUCGUCUUAAGUUACGGAUAUUUUUGUACAUUAGUUUAAGGUACUUAGCGCAUAAAGAGUCCCACGAGUCUAGAGUAAUUCCUAUGUAAUUGUAUAAAUACAUAUAUAAAUGAAUUUUUUUUUCUCCUAAUUGCUAAUUUCGCAAUGUUGACCGAUACUAAACAAGAACAUGUACUUAUAGUGACAUUAUAUGCAAAGAUAAUUUAAAAACUAAAAACUUCAAAGGAAAAACCAACAAAAAAAAAAUAAAAAGAAAAACAAGGAAAUUAGCACAUGUUAAAGAACCGCAAAUAAAAAAUGAAAUAAGACAACAAAAAAAAUGUGAAAGAUGGAAGUAUGAGAGCUUCCCUCCGGUUGCAAAUUUGUUUCUAGUGUUUGUGCCAAAGUCCCCCUGUCAUAUCAACUUUUUCUCGCCCCAAGGUAUGAUGUUUCAGCUGAACAAUAUCCUCCAAACAAGAAUACGAACCUAGAUUCGAAUUUCGAACCCAAAUCGAUAUCUGAUCACUUAGUAAGCCCUGACAAACCGAUGCAAGUGAAGCAAGCCCCUGAGCAACCAAGGUGAAAUAUGAGUUUGAUAAAACUAACAAAACAAA